AUGUACCAAGUCACCGGUAAAACUGGUAUUUUAUGGAGAACUGUGGCAAGAUGGUCGGCAAACGGCUCGGUAACUGGAAGGGUGGUAGGAGUCAGCUCGGAAAUGGCGGCUGCCAAUUACGAGCCUCCACCCUUCGACUUCGAGGCCCUCGAUGCCAUGGUUAACAAGGAUGAUGAAGGACCAAAUCCAACAAUUAUAAAUGCGAAAACCGGAAUUUCGUUAGACAAAAAUGAAAGACCGUUAAUAUACUCGCUACUCAGAGAAGCAAAUGCUACAGUGUAUGCCGCUAAGAACCUGGGCAAGAAAAAACUUUUAAUAGACAGUAGUACAGAUUCACAAAGGGCAUUGAAUGCUCCAGGAGAAUGGAUCUGUGAGCGUAUUUCGCAUAAAUUACUGUCUUACAGUUUGGACAUGCGCAUCAUUGUGUUACAACGAGCUCUAGCAGCAUGGCAUCAUUCCGGGGUAAAACAAUGGAACCGACUGGCAAAGACGGCGCUUCGAAGCUGUUUUGUCAAUGACGAAGUAUUGACUUCGGAACAACUAGUCAAAAUAUGUGCGUCACUUAGUAAGUGGCGAUUUAAAGGAAUAGGUGAAGUACAACAUAAACUUGAUCUAGCAAUAUUGGCUGAAGACAAAUGGGAUAUAAAUAAAAUAUCACAUCUUUUGUGGAGCCUUGCUCACCUAAAGGCAUUUGACCUACGCGCGUUCGAUUAUAUGAACAAUAUACUUACUACUAUCUUGAACGAACCAGAAUUUGACUUGACCGAGGUAACGGAUGACACAAUACAUCGUAUACUGAACGCUAAUAUCGUCAAAAUGUCACAUACCGGACGACAUCAUAUAGUGUUGAUAAGACUAUUAAAAGCGUUAGAGACACAACCGAUAGCUGUGAGCCAACUUAGCCCAAAGACCAUACUGGCUGUUACCGCGAUCCUGCCGCUCUGCCCAGAAUCCGGAACCAUCCCACAUAUCGUAAGGAGAAUAUCACAGUCGAUGCACAGGUUUACACACGCUCAAUCGGCACACAUGUUUUACAAUCUAGCACUUUUAACUAAUAUAGCAACAAAGGUGUUGGACCAACUCGUUGGGUCACUUUUCGAAUUCAAAGAGAUGCUGUACAAUACAGAUGCGGCAUAUGUACCAAGCCUUACUGCGAAGUUGUUGUAUACAUUUAGGACAUUUUUAGGUGGAUUUGAUCAUCGUUUCGUAAGCAAAUGUCUAGCUGACCUCAACGCUAAUAUGCACUUAUUGGGACCUUUCUCUCUUGUAGGCAACCUCCAAGUGAUCGAGCUCUACAUGGCGGAGACUGGACAAGAGCUCAACGAACAGCAGGUUACCAGCCUGAAAAAUACGAGGCUAAAACUUGUAAGGACAGAUAACCAUGGCGAUUUCGUGAAACCGCUUUUUGAAGAACAGGGAGAGGAACCCAUUGGGAAAAUGAAACUAUGGCAUUAUGGAGCUAUAUAUAGACUCACGAAUUGUGGAAAAGUGCCAAUGAUGACGAAACUUAUCCAGUUUAUGGAUCAGGUUACGGAGGACAGCCUUCUGGCUGCAUUAAAAGACUUCCUUCUAUUUAUUGUGAAUAUAAGUGGACAACGUGAACUUUGUAAAGACAGAAUGUUCCUGAACUCUGUACUUAUUGUAUCAACACAGUUAUGGAGUAUGUCGACGAACAAUCGCGCAGUGACGGAAUACUGGGUAUAUAUUAAAUUUCACCUGGCGGUACUCGGCUUGCUAAAAGUGUUUGAACGUGAGUGUCACACAAAAGAGGAUAAGAGCGGACGUCGGAUAUCAACGGCUAACCCGAUUGCCGGACUGUCUUUAACGUUGGAUAUGGAAUCCUGUGGCAAUGUUGAGAUCGAAUCGUGGCUCAAAGCAGCAGCGAAAGGAGAGCUUACUGCAACAUCUGCAAGUGACAUCAUAUUGCUACGUUACAUGUUAUUUAUAUGUGUAGCCCAUAGGCAUCCCAUCGCUGAAGAACUUGAUAUAAACGCUAAUCAUCGAAUCCGACGGUUACUUACGGACUGCUUCUAUGGAGCCGUGUCUGGACCACUUUUCAAUACUAAUCAAAGCUCCGAUAAAAUAACAAGUGAUGUUUUAGAGUUUUUGAAUCGGGCGAUGGAGCCGCGAGUACAGCCAUUAAACCGGAACAUGGCGUAUACAAAACUCUUCUUUAUGCAGGAUAUGCCACAGUUAAUGAUGGCGCUCCUACCGGAAGUUACUUUAUCAGAAUUGUUACCACAAGAGCGCUACGAUGUACCACUCUGUGAUGUGGCACUUUGGCUUGUGGAGGUUAAACAUGUGGACACAUUGACAAGGUAUUUAGAAAAGGCCGGGGAAGUUAAAAGUGAAACUCACACACAUCUCCGCGAAGUGUCGAGUAAUCUCGAUAUAGCUGUUUUCAACAUUAAAAGCGUUAGGUACAACUUCCAUUUUGGUCCUUAUAUGUGCCAUAUCGGUAUAUUUGGAGAAGACGCAAGCCAGGUGAUAUUGGUGUUCUUCAACGGGGCAUAUAGCGACUGUCACCGCCACACCUUCGAUAAUCAACGUCGUUUGACGUUGAAAAAGAUGGGUGUGCAAUUUGUAGAACUUGCUAAUGUAGACAUUUAA